GUGCGCGGGCGGCAGCACCAACACCAGCACCACCGGCCCCGCGCUCUGGAGCGGCCGGCGGAGCGGGCAGGACCGCGCCGCGCAGCGCCCCUCGCCCCUGGCUCGCGUUUCCUGCUUGGCCGAGAUGGUGCGCUGAGUGAUUUCCACAAGAGGCUUCUGUACCCAUCUAAAGCAAAAAUACAUUAAAGAACCUUGUGUGAGGGCACCGCAGUGUACUCCUGGCUGGAAGGCUAACUCCCCGGUGAAUGUAUUGAAGAUUUCUAGACUUGCUGGGACAAAUAUCUCUACCUCCAAUUUAUGAAUACUGCUAGCUAUGGCUGUGGAACUCUGUUUGCUGCUGCUACUGUUUUGUGGAAGUACUGUUUCAGAGGUACAGCCUAUAUACAAACCGCCUCCUGGGACUUUGGAUUUUGGAUUUGUACCAGCCAAGACAUAUGAUACAGGUGCAUACCAUGAACCUGGGCCAAUAGGAAUUUUGUUUAAAAUAGUACAUGCAUAUCUGUACUUAGUGCAACCAAAUUCUUUUCCACAAGAUCUCGUCAGAAAACUAGCACAGCAGAAGUUUGGAAAUGCGCAGGGCGAUUAUCAAAAGGCCAUCUACUAUGAAAUCGGUUUUAUAGUCUCCGCAGCCUUGGGAUUCGUAUUUAUUUUGUUACUGCCUCUUGUGGGACUUUGCUUCUGUAUGUGUCGUUGCUGUGACAACUGUGGUGGGGAAAUGCAUCAAAGACAGAAGAAAAAUGCUGACUGUCAGAGGAGCUGUUUUGCAACAUUUCUUUUUGUUGCUUCUUUAAUAAUAAGUGUUGGAGUGCUCUGUGCAUAUGCUGCCAACCAGCAUUUAACUAACCAAGUCCGAGGAGCAAAGAAACUGGUUAACAGUAAUUUUAAAGAUCUGAAAAUUUUCCUUAAUGACACUCCAGCGCAAAUCGACUACUUGGUGAGCCAGUACAACACAACUAAGGAUAAAGCACUCUCUGACCUAAAUAAUGUUGGACCUUUGCUUGGAAUUAGAGUUCAAGAACAGCUGGGAAAAGAAGUGCGUCCCGCACUUGAUGCAGCUCUGACAAUGGCAGGAGCCAUCAGAGAAACAAAGGAAGCACUGGAAAAUGUGAGCGUCUCUGUAGAGGUUUUGCAGGAGGGAACAGAGAGGCUCCAUGCAAACUUGACAGAUCUUAAAAUGCACCUAAGCAACACCCUCAAUGAUUCUGCAUGCUCUGCGACUCAGGCUGCCUCAACUUGCAAUAUCAUCAGGAAUUCACUAAAUCAACUGAACAUCAAUGCCAAUUUUAGUGGGUUGCCGGGAGUGAGCUCGCAGCUUGCGAAGGUCAAUGAUGUCCUUAAAAUAGACCUUUCUAGUCUGGUUCAAAAGGGUUAUGCGGCAUUUAAUGAUACUCCAGACUUAGUGGUGAAUCAAACACGGAAUAUUUUAUCAGAUAUCAAAAACGUGCUGGAAUCCAUUGGUUCAAAUAUUACUACCUUUGCAAAAACGCUCCCUGUUCAGAAGAUCUUAGCAGAUCUGACAAUAUAUCUUACACAAAGUGAAGCAUAUGUUCAAGAUUAUUUUCCAGUAGUGGAGCAGUAUGAUUUCUACAGGUGGCUGGGUUGUCUCAUCCUGUGCUGCAUGGUGGUACUGAUUCUGAUCUUCUAUUGUCUUGGACUGCUAUGUGGCACCUGUGGUUAUGAUAAACAUGCUUCUCCAACAACCAGAGGCUGCAUCUCCAACACUGGAGGAAACUUCCUCAUGGCUGGUGUUGGAUUCAGUUUUCUUUUCUCCUGGGUGCUGAUGACUGUAGUCGUGCUCACUUUUGUCACAGGUGGAAAUGUAGAAAAACUGGUCUGUGAGCCCUUUGAAGAUAAAACUUUAUUCAAGGUUUUGGAUACUCCCUACUUACUAAAUCAGCACUGGAAAAACUAUCUUUCUGGCAUCCUGUUUAAAAAUCCAAAUAUUAACUUGACUUUCGAAAAUGUGUACAGUGAUUGUAAGGAAAACAAAGGAAUUUAUACCUCCCUUCACCUAGAACACCUGUUCAAUAUCAAUGAAUUCCUAAACAUUAGUAUGUAUACAGAAGAUGUAGCUCUUAAAAUUGAGCAUAUUCAGAUAAACCUCAGCAAAAUCAUCCUGCUGGAUGAAAUUGGGAAGGAGAAUCUUUUGAAUUUCAGCUCUUCAGGAAUAGAAGGGAUAAACUUUGCAGCGUAUUUGGCAGAGAUCAAUAAAAGUGUUACAAAAGUUGAUCUUCUGUCUUUUGCUAAUGACUUAGAAGCAAGAGCAGACCAGCUGCCAAAAGGAGCACUGGAAAAUGCCUUAAAAGGACAUGCAAACAACAUUCGAAUGAUUCAUAACCAGCAAGUCAUUCCACUAGAGCAAGCUAUGAGCACUUUAAAUCAGAGCAUCCGGUUACUGAAGAGGACAUCAUCUGAACUUAUGGUUAAGGUGAAAAAUGUCAUAAGUGCUGUUAAUGCUGCCCAGCUUCUCAUAAAUAACAACGCUUCUCUAGUUAUUGUACAGGAGACAAAAAAGUACAUGGAUACCAUUGUUGGCUACUUUGAGCAGUACGUUGAGUGGGUCAAGGAGUCGAUUGCCAUGGAGGUAGCAGCAUGCAAGCCUAUUGCCAAUGUGAUAGAUACAGCAGUAGAUAUUUUUCUAUGCAGCUAUAUAACUGAUUCUGUGAAUACCUUCUGGUUUGGUUUGGGAGGCUCUUCAAUAUUUUUAAUUCCUGCCAUAAUUUUUGCUGUGAAACUCUCCAAAUACUAUCGUAGAAUGGAUACAGAGGAUGUAUAUGAUGACUCUGUGGAACAGUGGUAACACAUACUGGAAACAUGAAGGGGCUAUAUAAAUGAGGCUCGAGAUUCUUCUGUGGGAAUAUAUCAUUAUUCUUCCAAGUGUACUGGCAUUUGCAUUCAUCUUCUAAAUCCUGAGCCACUUGUUUUAUGUCGCCCGUACUGUAAAUCCCAAUUGUACUAUUGAAUGUUAUGCCAUAAACUACUGUACAGAAUAUUUUGCAAUCAGGGCACUGCCUCUUAAAUACCACUGUUCAAAGCUUGAAUUAAAACAGUUUUUGUUUUUUACUUUUUUACACUGGGCUUUUUACCUUACAUCACAGAAUAUAAAUUAAUUAGAUUAACAGUCUUUGCCUAGCAAUCCUCUGACAACUGGUCAAGUUCUUAUCUUAAAUUGUUGAUUUGUGUUAAACACAGUACAUACACGUUUACAUAAAAAUGCAUUUUGUAUACAGAGACUUUUGUAUAUACAUUUUUCUUAAGACUUAAGUGUUUAGUUAAGAUUUUAAUCUUGUAUAGUGGUCUUCACAAAUUUACCAGCAUGAUCAGUGUUGCUAUUUGGUGCUCUUGAAUGAUCACUUUGGACUAAAUUUGAAGUGUAAUGGGAUCCACAGUGUCUCUUUGUGUCUCUGAAAACUUCAGUUGCAGUUUUGUUUUGCUUCCUCUCUUUUUUUUAAUUAUUUAAUAUUUAGUGGGUUUCACAGUGUAGACCUAAAAGGGAAUUUUUUGGAGAAGUUUGUUUUGAAACUCUUUGGGUGGGAGGGUUGGGAGUGUCCGUGAUGCAUAAUAUAGUGCAAAAGCUAAGCUUUCUAGAGUUCAGUAGUACUCAAAAAGAGCAUGAGAAAUGCCACAUGUGGGUGAUUUUUAUAAUGCUUUACGUUUUCUGCCUCCCUUUUCCUCAUUCACACUCACUUCUGUGAUGUUCUUAAUAGCACCACUGUUAAGCUGUGACUCUUUCAGGGGGCAGCAAUAUUAUUUUUUUGCUAAAUAAUUUAAAAAUAUGAUUUCUAAUACUGAAACUCAAAUGUGUUUCACAAUUGGAGUUAACAUGUUUACUACUAAAGUUACUGCCUUGAAUUUAGGCAUACAGUUGCAUUGGUGAAUUAACAGCAGAAUUCAUCAACAGGGCCCAAAAGUAUCUCUGUUACUAGAGUAAAACAUUAAGGUGGGUGAAUUAAUUGCACAUAUUGAUCUAAAAUAUUGUCUCUUCAUAUAUCAGCAUUGUUAACUUUGUCACCAACAAGUUUCAUUGGCUUGAAGUAGGGGUAAUUCUGUCAAACAGUCAUGUAAUUGUUAAGACUUGCUGAAAAGUGAUACCAGUCUUUAACCUGGAAUAACCUUAAAGUUUUCAGUUUUAGGUCAUAAAUGGAAACAUUUCUAAUUGCCAGUAUGUAGCAUAUGUGUAUAUGUAAUGUUCAGAACUGCAGAUUUUUAAAAGUUUCUAUUUUUAAUUUGAGAAAAUUCCCAGUUUCCCAGUUCAUUUAAAUAAAAAAGAAGUUGCUUAACUA